AUGUCUGGAAAAGUAAAAUUCGUAUUUGGAUUAGUUUAUUUCUCUGGAAACAGCGACAUGUUACAUAGAAAUAAAUUCGUUAUGAAAACAUUAUCUAACGUUCAUAAUCCUAUAAUUAAUAACGGCAGAGUACUUGGAACACGAUUUUCAAGAAAUAAUCAAAGAAGAACGCAAGUUCAACGUAGGGAGCAACAAAUUAGAAAUGUUCCUUUCAAUAACCAAGACACUUUGAAUCGAAUCGCAAAUCUUUCUAUACAAAGUUCAAAUGAUCUAUUGAUAAAUGAAUUUUUCAAUGGAACGUUGUUCAUUUGA